AUGAAACCACGCGACUCACUUGACGAAAGGAGAAGACAACUAACGUAUUAUACCUCCUGUACUGCCGGAACAUGCCAGUGUGUCGGCUUCAGACCUGUUUUGAACCACGAAGACGAGGUCAAUACUGAAAAAUCGAUGCCAAGUACAAUUAAAACUAAAUAGAUUUCAGACUUUGGAACGGCGAGCAAGCAGAGCUGAAAGGGACAAUGAGUACGCACCGAUGAUGAGAGAUUUGGAUGCGUUGGGAAGCGACGAGAUGAUAGAAUGCCGGGUGUGCGGUCAUUCCAUAAGUAAGUUGAUGAAUUAGAUUGAAGCACGAAUUAUAUGUACUCUUUUGUUCAGCUUUCCAUGCCGAAUCAAUAAAAUCUCUGUCAGAAGAUGAAGUAAGCAUGUACGCGAAUCGUAUUUCUGAUUUACGCGCCGUCUGCUCCGAGCUGAACGCGAUAGAGUCUUCCAAUCAGUCUCUUCAGGUAACCUAGUAAUGGUCUGAUAUCUAUAACGCAAAGAUAUUUCAGACACUGUACAUGACAAUGCAAGUUCUACUCAAAUCGCUCCGAACCCUGACUCCAAUCGACGCUCCCUUCAUUGGAAAACCCAACUUCGAGCCAGAUUCGUGCAGCCCGUACAUCCUCGUCAAGAAGUUUAUUGCCUCUCGGCCAGUUGACAAUGCGUGAGUGUAAUUUCCCGUCUCUCUGAUUAUUCCCCCAAAAAGUUCAGUGAAAAACAACGACUCGCGGAAAUUGGAACUCUCAUUCUGACCGAAAUGAACCACUGGAAAUUGGAUACGUACGAGAAGUUGAUGUCGAAGUGUAAGUGGAGAGAUGUUCCGUUCAAGUUUCAUUUGACGACUAUUCAGUGAAAGAGCCACUGGAACAAGGCAGCUUCCGGUAUAUGUACCUCCGAAUGGACUAUUAUGUCAACAUGCCUCCCAAGUAUCUUUCUUUCAAGCAGUAUCAGGUGAACUAUACAAUUGCAACACUAUUCUUAUUAAAAAAAAUAUUCAGACAGUCGACAUUUUCGGUGAAAAGUUCACGAUUCUCUUCUGCGACUUCUUGAUUAAUGCGAUGACGUCGAGCGGUUACAAGCCGUACGGAAUCUCUGAAAACGAUAUUGAAGAGGUAGAAUUUGUGUUUUAAUAGGAUUGAUUUAACAUAUUUCAGAAUAUCGACGAUUUGGUGGACUUUGUUGCAGAAAUGAAGGCGUGGCUGAAAGGCGAAGAGCCUUCCUCAGAAGGACCAUCGACUAGCCGUAGAAAGGAAUCUGUAGGCCUGUCGAUAGACGAUAUCGUUCUGAGAUACGUGAAGAGAAAGAAGCCGUCGGACGAAUCGGAGUGCUCAUCGCCAAGAAACGCUUCUUCGUCAGAAUCCGAAGCUCCACGUCGUCGCAAGAAGGAUCGGGACUCCGUUCUGUCUUCCCAACCGUCCACCUCUUCAAGUGCCGCCAAGAAGUCUUCGGAGACGGAGGAUUCCACAGCAGUUCUGAGGGCACUUAUUCGAGCGAUUAAACUCGACGGAGAUAUGGAUGCUAUGGAGAUGAAAACAAAAAUAGAGUUUGAAGCGUUGAACACGGAGGUCUCGCGAGGAAUGAGCGCUCUACAGGAGGAGGAGUCCGGUCUCAUCGAGUUCCGAGUCAUCGGAAACGACCUCGAUCCGUUCCAACAUCACGAACAACUCGCGCAACUCGUCGAACUCCAGAUUCUUUUCGGAGUCCAACUACCAAAGAUGCCGAAAGAUUACGUGACUCGCCUGAUAUUCGACUCUCGCCAUCAGAAUAUGGUCAUACUGAAAAAAGACGUCGGAGUGAUAGGAGGCAUCUGUUUUCGACAGUUUCCAUCCCGCGGCUUCGUGGAGAUUGUUUUCUGUGCGAUCACUGCGAUGGAGCAAGUAAAAGGAUACGGUACACAUCUGAUGAAUCACUGCAAAGAUUACAUGAUCAAGAACAAGAUCUACCACAUGCUCACUUUUGCCGAUGAAUUUGCAAUAGGAUACUUCACGUGAGAAAUUAACAGAAAAAGAAAAAUUUGUGCAAGUUUUCAGAAAACAAGGUUUCUCUGAUAAACUUGAAAUAAAUUCGGUAGUCUAUCAGGGAUGGAUAAAAGAAUACGAAGGAGCCACGUUGAUGGGAUGUCAUCUUCAUCCACAGUAAGAAUGGCACAGAACGGAACUACUUCAGAGCUUUUCGUUUUUCAGAAUUUCGUACACAAAGUUUCCUGAUUUUUCGAAGGGCAUUCAGGCAUUGCACUGUGGAUACAAACCGGAAAACGGAUCAGAGAGCAGAGGGAAAGUGUUCGGAGGACUCGAGCACUUGUUCCGAGAGAGUGAGAACUAUCAUCGGACGAUUUGAAACAUUUCCAAAGCUUCUUGACUUUAGGUUCCCCACCGCUUCUGGAACUUCGCAAAGUACCUGGCACGGAGGCGCUGAAGAUGAGUAAGAAGACGUGCUAUCAACUGGAUGAGCGGGACGACGACCUAGAGCCGAAGAUUGCUUCAAUUCUCAAAAAAUUGAACGCCGACAAGAAUGCGUGGCCGUUCGCGAAGCCCGUAGACGCCCGUGAAGUCCCCGAAUACUACGAUUUCACCCAGCAUCCGAUAGAUCUGAAAACGAUGCAGGACAAGUUGAAGCGAAAGGUUUACGUUCAUGUGAGUCGACUCAUUCUGACGAAUAUUACAAAUCAUUCAUUUGCAGCAGCACUUAUUCAUCGCCGACUUGACAAGAAUGUUCCAAAACUGUUACGCAUUCAACGGAGUGACCACCGUCUACUAUCGGAUGGCGUACAAAAUGAACGAAUUGGCUCUAAAACUUCUGAAGAUGUCCUUCCCUUACAGCUCUUUUUAUCCGGAUCUUCCUGCACGCAAACCCCACUGA